AUGAUGUUAUUCUUAACUGUGAAGAAAUAAGUCAAAUGCCAAAAAGACUGAUUCUUGAAGCGUUUUCCCUCAGCUAUGGGUUUUACGCUAUACAGUAUGGCAUCAGCCUCAACCGUGAUCCUGAUCACGGCCCUGUCAUUCAAAAGUGUACCACUGGGUACGUCACGGUUGCUCCAUCGCCUCUGCGUGUGGUAAUUAAGGGAGGCACUUAACGUGUGCACAUUAAGGGAAUGCCACUUAAACGUGAGCUUCUGGAACCGAUCGACCUCGACGUGUCCGCAGGCCACGCCACGAAUUACCUCACAUACUCUUGGUCCUGCACCACCAUGGACAUCAGUCAGUCAACUGCAUGCUAAGAGUCAAUGGAAGAUGAUUCUCGUGUGACCGACAGCGGCACACAGUUGAUAGUGACGGAGGGUGAGAAAGUGAAAGGAAUCGACCUUCCUUGCAGAUGAGUCCAGAAGGAGAGUCGGCUGUUCAUUCCCUCGCCGGCGCUGUGGGAUUCAGGUUCGUUUGUAGAAGCUCUCCAUUGCCCAGGGCUGAGUCGCUCUUCCUUCCAAGACACACGCGCACAGAAGACAUGCCACGUGCUGGAUUCCACGCCCUCCUCCUCUUGUCACUGGUCAGCCUUGGCCGCGAUGCCUAUGGAAGGAAACCCGAAGGACUAUUGGGCCGGGAGCAUACUAGGGGGCAGGAAAAAGCAGCUGUAGAAACACCGCCUUCAGCUGGCAGAGAGGAUGUGCUGUCACCGCAGGAGCCUGGGUCAUGGGCACCGAUGCGGAGGAAGAGGUCACCCGGAACACAUGGCCAAGCAGGUCCAACUCCAGCUCAAGUCCCACUGACGUCACAUUCAGCUCCACAUCUCCCGGUGUUUAUGGCAUCAGAAUUCCCGCGGCCUCCGGACGGCGUGGACGGCUUGUACUCUCCCCCUAUGCCCACAUUCCCAGUACCCGCUCUCUUGGCUUUCCUGCCUUGUACCGGGAGGUGCGAGAGGCGGAAUCAGAAUGGCGGCUGCGACACCAGUGUCCUGUGUCUCUUCGGUGAUGAG